AUGGCGUCAAAAUACCACCUGAGAGCUUCCACAUCUUCUGCUUCAGCUUCGAAAUGGAAGUACGACGUGUUUUUGAGUUUCCGGGGUGAAGAUACCCGCAGGAACUUCACGGACCAUUUAUAUGACAAACUGCAGUGGCGAGGAAUCAAAACAUUCAGGGACGACACAGAGCUUGAAAGAGGUACAACUCUUUCUUCGAAGCUGUUGGCUUCAAUUGAACAGUCAAGGUUUGCAGUUGUUGUUCUUUCGCGAAACUAUGCUUCUUCCACUUGGUGCUUGGUUGAGCUUGUCAAGAUUGUUGAAUGCAUGGGAAAGACGGGGACUAUUCUGCCAAUCUUUUAUGAGGUGGAUCCCUCUGAUGUGAGACAUCAGAGAGGGAGCUUUGCCGAGGCCUUUGCUGAACAUGAAGAGAAGUUUUAUGGGGAAGACUUGAAGAAGGUGCGAGAGUGGAGAGAUGCUUUAACAACAGUGGCCAAUCAAUCUGGAUGGGAUUCCAAGGAUUAUAGGUAUGAAACAAAGCUUAUCAAAGAGAUUGUGGAAGCACUAUGGAAGAAAGUACAUCCUACAUUUGCAUCAUCAGAGUCCUCAGAGAAUUUGGUUGGAAUUGAUUCCAAGCUGAUGCGAAUAAAUUUUCUAUUACAAACAAAAGCAAAGGAUGUCUGCUUUCUAGGAAUAUGGGGUAUGGGUGGGAUAGGGAAGACAACCCUUGCUAGACUUCUUUAUCAAAGAAAUUCACAUGAUUUUGAAAUUAGCAUUUUUCUUCCUGAUAUCAGGCUGGUUUCCAGAACACACUGUCUAGUUCAUCUACAACAAACUCUUCUAUGCCAGAUAUUGAAGGAAAAAAACAUUCAAUUAUGGGAUUUUGAUGAUGGAAUGGCCAAGAUAAAGAGCUGUUUUUUUAAUAAAAAGGUUCUUCUAGUUCUUGAUGAUGUGGAUCAAUUAGACCAACUGGAAAACUUGGCCGGAGAAGAAAACUGGUUUGGUUCAGGAAGCCUAGUUAUUGUUACAACAAGAGAUCAACGUAUACUAGUUUCGCAUGGUAUAGAAUUACAAUAUCAAAGCAAGGGAUUGAAUGAGCAGGAAGCUCUUCAGCUCUUUAGUUGGAAAGCCUUUAAGAAAGAUUAUCCUGAAGAAGGUUAUAGGGAACUGUCUAAGAGUAUAUUGGAUUAUGCCAGAGGCCUUCCAUUAGCUCUAAAGAUUCUAGGAUCUUUUCUGUAUAAGAGAGAUCGAGGUGAUUGGGAAAGUGCAGUAGCCAAGCUAAAGAAAGAUCCUAUUGAUCAGGCACUCUUUAAAGCGCUCAGAAUAAGUUAUGAUGGUUUAGAUGAGAUGAGCAAACAAGUUUUUCUUGAUGUUGCAUGUUUCCUCAAGGGGUAUGACAAAGAGCGAGUAAUUCAAAUACUAGAUAGCUCUUUUGGCUUUGACACUCGUAUCGUGAUAAGUGUUCUAAUUGAGAAAUCUCUGUUAACCCUUUUUGACAACCGUGUGGAUAUGCAUGAUCUGAUUCAAGAAAUGGGAAGGGAAAUUGUCCGUUUGGAGUCUGAGCAGGAGCCUGGCCAACGCAGUCAGUUGUGGCAUCGUGACGACGUUUUUCAUGUACUAAAAAAGAAUACGGGAACAGAAGCAAUUAGAAGCAUAGCCAUAUGCUUGCCUAAAGUGGAGGAGUUAGCUUGGAAUCCAAAAGCCUUUUCUAAGAUGUCUAAACUGAAGUUUCUCAAAAUGCAAAAUUUGGUUUUAUGUCAAGGCCCUGAAUAUCUUCCUGAUUCCAUAAGGGUUCUUGAAUGGACUUCGUAUCCGUCAAAAUCUCUUCCACCAAAUUUUCAGCCAGUGGAACUUAUUGAGAUUAUUCUGCAUCAGAGCAAAAUUGAUCAGCUUUGGUAUGGAAUAAAGUACUUGGAGAAGCUGACAAUUAUGGAUCUUAGUUACUCCGAGAACUUGAGAAUGACCCCAGAUUUCACAGGUAUGCCAAACCUUGAGAGGCUGGUUCUUGAGGGUUGUACAAAUUUAGUUGACAUUCAUCCAUCAAUCAUAUCUCUCAGAAGACUUAAAAUUUUAAAUUUUAAGAACUGCCAGAGUAUCCAAAGGUUUCCUGGUGAACUAGCAACGGAUUCUCUUGAAUUGAUUGAUCUUUCUGGCUGCUCAAAAGUCGAUAUACUUCGAAAAUCUGUCAGACAGAUGCAAAAGUUAUCAAAAUUCUGUUGUAGUGAAAUUGGCAUGCAAGAGUUUGAAGUAUCAUGUCAUUCAGUCAGUCCUCACCGGCUGAGUCUGGUAUUGGCUUCUUUUAAACAUUUAUGUUCUCUGAAGGGAUUAUAUCUCAGUGGCUGCAAAUUUGGUGAAGUAGAUAUUCCCAAUGAUAUUGGUUGUUUGUCCUCGUUAGAAAACUUGGAUCUUAGUGUCAACAAUUUUGUCAGCCUUCCUGCCAGCAUUAGUCAGCUUUCUAAGCUGAAGUAUUUGAACUUGGAUGAUUGCAAAAGGCUCGAAGAAUUGCCAGACCUUCCAUUAUUUAGUGGUACAUCUCAUGUGACCGCAGACAACUGUAUAUCCUUGAAAAAGUUUCCAAAUCUACCAGACUUGUGGAGAUUAUCGAAACUAUCCUUUAAGUUUAUCAACUGCUGUAGCCUUGAAGAUGGAGGCAGUUGUUAUAUAAUACGUUCAAUUCUACAGCAGUUUCUUCAGGAACCCCCUCCUUUUUUUGAGAUGUUCAGUAUAAUAAUUCCUGGAAAUGAUAUUCCUUGCUGGUUCAAACAUCGGAUCAUGGAAGAUAUGGUACCAAAUUGUUCUUCACCAAGUAGUAAGUGUAUCGGAUUUGCUCUAUGUGUUAUUUUUGAAGAAAACCCUGGUGUCCUUGGUGAAGAUAAUGAUUUAGAAGCUCAUGCAAACACAGCUUCGUCUUGUUGGAAGUCCGGUGUUUCUAAACCCGCCGGCCUCAGUUUUGAUUUAAACCCAGUUGUUAAGUCGGAUCACCUUUGUUUAUUCCUUUUGCCUUCAAAACAUUACCUUGAAAACAUUGGUUUUCUCUUGGAAACCACAUGUGCUAAAAGAAGCAACGCAUGCUUGAAGGUGAAGGGGUGUGGUGUUCGUGCUCUGUACAAGCAAGACCUGAAAGAGCUCGAAGAACUCAACUUAAUAAUGAAUCGAUGCACUAGAAUUUGUGACAAUAAGUUGGUUCUUAUGAUGAACAGACUCCCUCUUUCUGAGGCGUUUAGUUUUGUAGUUUCUGGAAAUGACAUUCCCGAGUGUUUUGAAACUAGUGUGGAGCGAAACUGGGUGAACAUAGACCGACCUUGUAAUUCAUGUAGUAGUACAUGGAUGGGGUUUGCUUUGUGUGUUCUCUUUGGAGCUGAAGAAAACUCGGGUUCCCUUUGUGAAGAUGGUGACUUAGAACCUCAUAUCAGCUCUGUGUAUUCUUCGUUCCUCGGGAUAAAUGUCUGCAUACAUGGAGAUGGUUUACCUUCUCAUUCAGAACCAGUAAGGAGCGGAAUCGUAAGAGUUGUUCUGAACCACUUUCCGAUGGCCUCGACUUACAACUUGAGAGCCUCCACGUCUUCUGCUUCAUCACCAUCAUCAUCUGGUCAGUGGAAAUACGACGUGUUCUUGAGCUUCAGGGGUGAGGAUACCCGCAAGAAGUUCACCGACCAUUUAUACGACAAAUUGGAGUGGCGAGGAAUCAAAACCUUCAGGGACAACCCAGACCUUGAAAGAGGUACAACUAUCUCUCCGGAGCUCCUGUCUGCAAUCGAACAAUCAAGGUUUGCAGUGGUUGUUCUGUCGCCAAAUUAUGCUUCUUCCAAGUGGUGCUUGCUCGAACUCGCAAAGAUCGUUCAAUGCAUGGGAAAGAGGGGGACUAUUCUGCCGAUCUUUUAUGAGGUGGAUCCCUCUGAUGUACGACAUCAGAGAGGCAGCUUUGGGGAGGCUUUUGCUGAGCACGAUAAGAAGCUUUCUGGGGAAGACUGGAAGAAGAUGCAAGAGUGGAGAGAUGCUUUAACCAAAGUGGCUAAUCUCUCUGGCUGGACCUCAAACGAUUACAGGUAUGAAGUAGAACUUAUCAAAGAGAUUGUGGAAGCACUAUGGCAGAAAGUUCAUCCUACAUUUGCCUCAUCAGAAUCCAAAGAGCAUUUGGUCGGAAUUGAUUCGAAACUGAUGGAAAUUGAUUUUCUUUUGGAUACAAAAGCAAAUGAUGUUUGCUUUCUAGGAGUAUGGGGUAUGGGUGGGAUCGGGAAGACCACCCUUGCUAAACUUGUUUAUCCCAGAAUUUCUCAUCAUUUUGAAGUCAGCAUAUUUCUUCCUGAUGUCAGGCAGGUGUCUGCAGCACAAGGUCUAGUUCAUCUACAAGAAAAACUCCUGUGCCAUAUUUUGAAUGAAAAAAAUAUUCAAGUACAGGAUGUUGAUGAUGGAGUGGCUAAGUUAAGGAGGUGUUUGUUUAAUAAAAAGGUUCUUCUAGUUCUUGAUGAUGUGGAUCAAUCAGACCAACUGGAAAACUUGGCCGGAGGAAAAGACUGGUUUGGUUCAGGAAGCAUGAUUAUUGUUACAACAAGAAACCAAUAUUUGCUAACAUCGCAUGGUAUAGAGAAACAAUAUAAGAGCAGGGGACUAAAUGAGGAUGAAGCUCUUCAGUUCUUUAGCUGGAGAGCCUUUAAGAAGGACAAACCUGAAGAAGUUUAUAGGGAACUGUCUCUGAGUAUAUUGGAAUAUGCCAGAGGCCUUCCAUUAGCUCUUAAGAUUUUGGGAUCUUCUCUGUGGAAGAGAGAUCAAGAGGAUUGGGAAAGUACAGUGGCUAUGCUAAGGAAAGCUCCUAUUAAUGAUGAUAUCUUUAAAGUGCUCAGAAUAAGUUAUGACGGAUUAGAUGAGGUGUGCCAACAAGUUUUCCUCGAUAUUGUAUGUUUCUUCAAGGGGAAUGACAAAGAACGAGUAAUUCAAAUACUCAAUUCUGCUUUCAGCUUCGACAUUCGUAUCAAAAUAAAUGUUUUGGUUGAGAAAUCUUUGUUAACUACAUAUGACAACUGUGUGAACAUGCAUGAUUUGAUACAAGAAAUGGGAGAGGAAAUUAUCCGUUCAGAGUCGGUUGGGAGAUCCAGUCGGUUGUGGCUUCUUGACGACAUCUUUCCUGUAUUGAAACAUAAUUUGGGAACAGAAACAAUCAGAAGCAUAGCCUUACACUUGCCUAAAUCGACAGAGUUAGCUUGGAAUCCCAAUGCUUUCUCGAAAAUGUAUGAACUAAAGUUUCUGAAAAUGCAAAAUUUAGUUCUCUGCCAAGGCCCUGAUUGUCUUCCUGAUACCCUAAGGUUUCUCGAAUGGAUUUCGUAUCCAUCAGAAUCUCUUCCACCAAAAUUUCAGCCCGUGGAACUUAUUGAACUUAUUCUGCAUCAUAGCAAAAUUCAUCAGCUUUGGGACGGGAUAAAGCACAUGAAGAAGUUGAUACAUAUUGAUCUUAGUUACUCCGAGAACCUGGAAAUGACCCCAGAUUUCACAGGAAUUCCGAAUCUUGAGAGGCUGAUUCUUGAAGGCUGCACAAAUUUGGUUAAAAUUCAUCCAUCAAUUGUGUCUCUGAAAAAACUGAAACUUUUGAACUUCAAGAACUGCCGAAGUAUUGAGAAUCUUCCAGGUGAACUAGAAAUGGAUUCUCUUGAAAUGAUUGAUCUUUCUGGCUGCUCAAAAGUAAAUGUAUUUCCACAAUUUGUGUCACGGAUGGAAAAGUUGUCAGAACUUUCUUUUGGUGGAAUUGGUGUGCGAACUUCUGAAAUACAGUGUGAUUUAGCGGGUGCUGAACACUCACUGAGUCCAGUAUUAGCUUCUUUAAAACAUUUCUGUUGCUUGAAGAGAUUAAAUAUCAAUGACUGCAAACUCGGUGAAGGAGCAAUUCCACGUGAUAUUGGUUGUUUGUCCUCCUUAGAGGACUUGGAUCUCAGUGUUAACAAUUUUGUCAGCCUUCCUGCAAGCAUCAUUAUGCUAUCGAAGCUUAAGAGUUUGAACUUGGAAGAUUGCAAAAGGCUUCAACAGUUGCCACGCCUUCCAUCAUUUAGUGGCAUAUGUGAUGUGAACGCUAGCAACUGUAUAUCCUUAAAAAAAUUUCCAGAUCCACCAAAGUUGUGCAGCUUAUGGAAACUAACCUUUAACUUUAUCAACUGCUGUAGCCUCAAGGAUGGAGGCAGUUGUGAUACAACACGUUCAAUUCUACGGCGGUUCCUUCAGGAACCUCCUCCUUUUUUCGAGAUGUUCAGUAUUGUAAUGCCUGCAAAUAAUAUUCCCUGUUGGGCAGAAGGUCGAAGUAUUGAACAGUCAGUGAGAGGGGCGGCACCAGGUUCUCGUAGAAGUAAGUGGAUGGGGUUUGCUCUAUGUGUUCUUUUUGGGGCUGAAGAUGGGGCUGAAGAAAACCUGGGUGCCCUUGCUGAAGAUCAUGCAAACACAAGUUUGUGUUCAUGGAAGCCUGGUCUCUUUGUACCCGCCAGUUUCAGUUUUAAUCGAAACCAAGUUGUUACUUCAGAUCACCUUUGUGUAUUGCUUCUGCCUUCAAAACAUUAUCCAGCGAAUACUGAUUUUAAAGAACUCAUCAACUCUCUGUUCCAAGGCAGCCCAGGCUUGAAGGUGAAGAAAUGUGGUGUUCAUACACUGUACAAGCAAAAAGUGGAAGAACUCGACUUGAGAAUGAGGCGAUACGAGGAAUGUGCUUUUGAUAGGUAUGGGAGGUGUGACGGGGUGCAAGUGCAACCUGAGUUCAGUCGCAUAAUUUCUGGAAAUCACAUUCCUGUGUGGUUCAAAAUUAUAGGGAAGGGAGACUCAGUGAUCCUAGAGCGGCCUUGUAUCUCAUGUUGUAGUACGUGGAUGGGGGUUGCUUUAUGUGUUCGUUUUGGAGCUGAAAAAAUAUGUGACGCUGCUGAUGCAAGUGAACGUGCACGAAAAAGAUGUCGCAAAGAUUCACUCACAGAACUCCUAAACUAUAAUUUUGGCAAAGGAUUACCAUCUCAAGCACAUGCCAUUUGGUUUUAUUGGAGCGCCUUCUCUCGCCGCAUAUACAGUAUUGUAAGUUCAUCAGAUCACCUUUGUGUAUUCUUUAUUCCUGUUUAUGAGUUUCUGGGUAUACCAAAACGGGUCCAGUUUGAGUUAAAAAGCGACGCAUGCUUGAAGGUGAAAGGGUACGGGGUCCGUUCUGUGUACAAGAUUGACUUGCCCAUGGAUUUGGCGAACCAAAGUUUAGAAGAUCAACUGCUCUGGUCAAUAAACAAUUGUUGAUCUUCAUGAAGCAGUCCAUCUGAUGAAGGUCCUGAGGACUGGCAUCAAACGCAGUGCCCCAUCUCAUGAAGAUCCUCAAGUUUGUACAAACCUAGAUUUUGUGUUUAAAUUACCAUAAAUCUCGGCUAAUACCAUUUGGUCUGGUUGUACUGCUGCUUACUUUGUAAGUAGACGAUCCUGAACUUUCUGCUGUGCACUUGAACAAUCAUCUCCUGCUUCUUGUUCUCUCACUCAAUUAGCAGUAUACUGUACGGCAACUCUUCAUUGUAUUGUUGACAUCAGAGAUAGCAGAUCAAGAGUUGAACGUAAACAGUUGCUGCUGAUGAGACUUGUAGCCUGAGAAACUAACCAGAGACGACGCAACCUCAAAUCCAACACUCUUGAUAUGCCACUCACUCUACAAGCUGGUAUUUAUUCUAUAUUUAUCGGUUACUAAUAUCGGUUACUAAUAUGGAUUACAGGUGCUGGCAUUACAAUUUUUAGCAGUACCUCAUUAUCAUCAUUGGUCUAAAGGAUAAAAUUCAGUAGGUGAAUUU